AUGCUGGCACAAGCCCGUGACUCGUUUUUGGACGAUGAAUUUGGGAGACCAGUAGAGUCUAUAAUGCGAUGCGAGGACUUCAAAAGUAAUUUUGCGAGGAGGCUUUCAAACCGAUAUAUUUCCCGAUCCUCUGUUUCUGGUUCAAGGCAAAAUACUGUGUUGAAAUUGCGACCAACUGACAAACAGGAAAUACUGAAUAAUGUUCCAGAAAGAAUUGAGCAAUGUUCUCAACUUUCGAAGAGUAGUAAUUUAGAACCGAAUGGGGAAAUUGUAAAGCCCCCAGAUAAGAUGGUCAAGCACAAUGCUGACAUGCGAGGCACGGAGGUAAACGCUUUAAACAUGGAAGUGGAUACUUUGCGGUGGCAGUUAGCACAGACAGAAGCCAACAGGCAGAUGCAUAUAGCUUUACUACAACAAAUAGUAACUUUUCUAAACAGAGUCAAGGAACAUAUAGAAUGCCAAAAAAAUGAACCUGAUAUUAGGUUAGAGACAGGGUCGCCGAUGGUCUUUCCGAGAACAAUAAACAUACCUGAUUUGCCUCGGUCUCGAUCUGUUUUGCAUGUCAGUAAAAAUCUUGAUUAUUCGAUAAGCCCUGCAAAGAAAAUUAGUACAAGGAAAAUCAGUAAAUCAAUUAGUAAUGUCAAUGGAUACAAAGAUUGCAGCAGCAUUUGGAAUCAUUCAAAGUUGUCAUUGGUUUCCGAAAACGAGACUGGACAAAAAUUAACAGAAGAAAUGUCACGACUGAUUACUCUUGCCAAUACCGUACUUAGUACUAAACUUCCCGAUCUAGCGUGUGCAUGCGUCCAUUUUCGAACUGAACCAACCUUUCAACUAACUGAGGAAUCCAAGAAAGAAGAAAACACACCAAAUUUUGAAACUGAUUCUUUGAACUCGUAUAAAAAAAAUUCGCCCGAGAAAAUUGUUCUGAAUACGGAUUGCAAAAGCGAGGUUUACAAUGGCAUAACUAACAAAUUCGCUGACAUGAAGAAUAGUAUUCUAAAUGAUUUUAUUGUAUCGCAAUCCCCGCUUAGCUUUGAGUCGGAAAACAAUUCUUCUGGUGUGAAGCUAUUUAAACCAGAACAACCGGGUGCGCAAAAUGGCUUAGUUACAUCGUGUGGGAAAGUAGUACAAACGGUUGACAAAAGAAACGAAUACAAUGGGUCAUCAAAUUUUAUAGAGGAUGAAAGUGGUUUUUCGUCUAUGAGUUCAUUUCAGGAGAUUGGCAUUCCAAUCAUAAGCAUAAUACCACCGUCACCAUGUAAAGAAGUCGAUUAUUUAGAAGAGAUAGCUGACGAAACAGAAAAGUGGAAAACGGACACCAUUGAGUUAGAUAAGCAAAGUGUCAAAGUUUUUUGGGUUUAAAUUAUUACGAUAUAAUUAUAGUACAUAUAUUUGUCAAUCAAAUUUAUGUUCAAUAAGAUUUGCUUUUAUGAAA